AGGGAACUCCUGGGGAUGAUUCACGCAGAGUCUCUUCGUCAUCAUUACCCCAGGCUUGUUUAAAAGGACAAGCCGUGCUAGAAGGAAUCCCAGAGGAUGAUACGAGUCCACAUGCUCCCCAACAUGCUUUACAAGUGUCUCAUCAGCAUUGUACUAAUAGAAAAGGUUUCAAGCUUAUUUGUAACAGUGAACACCAAGCCUACUUAUCAAAGAAGAGAUCCAAUUACUGGUCAGAUGGUGACAUGCGAACAGUGUCCCCCCGGGACAUUUGUGAAAACUCAAUGUACUAGUGAGCAUCCAACAAUAUGUGCAUCCUGCCCAGAUUUGCAUUAUACUCAGUAUUGGAACUACCUUCAGAAAUGUCGUUAUUGUAAUGUCUUCUGUGGACAUCACCAGUAUGAAAAGCACCAGUGUAAUUCUACACAUAACAGAGUGUGUGAAUGCAAAGCAGGCUAUUAUUUGGAAUUUGAAUUCUGCCUGAAACACUCUAGCUGCCCUUACGGUGCUGGUGUAAUUAAAAUGGGAACACCAUACAGUAACACAAAUUGUGAACAGUGUACUGAUGGCCAUUUUUCUGCCAGCGUGUCCAAUUCAGAACCUUGUUUAGCGCAUACAAACUGCACUGAAAAAGGCUUAGCGGUCAACAUCGCAGGUAAUCAAUACCAUGACACGCUGUGUACUCCUUGCAAAACAUAUCAUGGCAGCAAAACUUUGGUCAAUGAUUCAGUUGUUUCAACCUGUAAUGAAGCAAUUAUUGAGUUUGUGGCAUAUCAAAAGAUUCCACUCAAGAAAUUGAAACGAUUUCUUACUUUACUCCAGAUUGAGGAGGCAAAGAAAGUUAGUAAACAAUUGAGAGCACAGAAUAAACAUAUGAUGCAUCAAAGUUUACAUCCCCUUCUGGUGAAAUGGAAAGAAGUUGUCAUGGAAAACGACCUCCUUGAAAAAAUCUUGCAUAUACUUAAAAAAGCAAAGAUGAAGAAUGUUAUAAAAAAUAUCCAAGAACGUUUUAUGUUAAAUAUGGUAACUCCACUCAAAUGUAUUAAUUGAGACUGAAUGACUACACAGUCUCACUAAACCCUAGAGACAAGGCAGCUCCAAAUUGUGUUCCAUGUUUGUGCUGAGUUAACUGGUCUUAGCUGGAGCAGCACUUGGUGUUGCAAUUCAUUGACUUGGGCAUUUCUGCAGUGUAUAUGGGAAAAAUUAGCAUGGGUCCCCAUUCCUGAUAGACCCUCGCCGGCCCCCUCCUCUGACAACCAAACAGUGUCCGUGUAAAGUAUUUGAAUUGUUUUGGGCCUCAACACCCAUUGCAAUCAAAACGAAUUAACCCUUCAAUGAGAUAGUAAAUUGUAUCAUAUCUGUGCAACUAUAUGCCAGCCAUUAUUUGGUCAUUAAAAGUAAAGAAGAGAAAUUUGAGGGGGCUAUGCAAACAGCUAAGAUAAUAUGGUGCCAAAUCUGUGUCCUAUUUGACUCUGAGCUGAGUUUCCAACCCCAUACACAUUUAGUAGCUAAGACUGCCUAUUUCUACCUCUGUCUCAACACAACUACUGACCAAGCCUUCAUUCAGGCCUUUAUUCCAAAGACCUGCUGCCUAGCCUCCCAUAUUUUAUUUAUUCAAGUGACAAAAACAUUGGUAACAAGUGGCAUGAAAAUCGAGCAGGAAAUUGAGGAAUAAAACUACCUGAUAGACUAAUGGAAGCAGUAACAAUUGGCUAAACACUUCAGAGGAAAAUAUUGAAAAGGCUGCAGAGAACGAGUACAAGAAUUGGAUAAACUGGAUAGCUUUGCCAUUUUCUGGCUUAGACUUAGGUGAAUAGGCCUUCUUUGAAAAUUUCUAUAAUUAUUUGCAUAAAUUAGGACUCUGAAUAAACGCCAUUAAUAUAUUGUUUCAUAAUGCAAAAAUAACAUUUCUGAAAAGCAUAAACUGUCCAGAUUAUAUAUGUAAAUGACUACACAGUAUUGUAUAUUUUCACAAACCACAUUGUAAUAUAAGAUUUGAUAAAUUACAAUUGGAUGUUUAUUUUUCUACUGACUUUUUUUAGAGGUAAAGCUCUUAAAGUUUGAUAGUAAUGAGCAUCGAUAGCUAUUGUAUCAGUCAAAAUUUGAAUCUUCAUAUAUUCAGUCUGUUAUUUACAAAAUCAAUUUUCAAAUUUAUGUCCUAUUUUUUCAUCUUUCAGUUCUGUAACAUCUCAUUUUGUAUAGUACAUUGCUCAGCAUUCUUUAAACUAGCUAAUGUGUUUUAAAAUGCCAAGCAAUUGGCAUGUAUUAGAAAUCCUGGAAGGAUUGUAUGUUUAAGUUACCAUUAUAACUCCAGUGAAGGUGGAGAGGAAAUGACCAUGGAAAAAUCCACUCCUAUUCCAAGUUCUAGAGGCAAACUAAUAAAUUAGAGAAAAGAAAUAACUUCUAACUUAUGUAAAAUCUAAUCACAACACAGGUGAUUCAAAGCACAAAUAAACUACUUGUUUUUAAAUAAAAA